GUCAAUUUUAUAUACAUUUUAUAUACAAUAAGUAUUAUAAUAAAAUGGCUUUUACAAAAGAUGCAUCAGAUAUAAGCAUUCGUCAAGAAGUGCACAUGAUGAAUAUAUCAAGGUUUCAAAACAUGAAGAGAUUUUUACAUCGUUGUGGAAGAGAAUCUACAUUGAUAGAAAAUGAUUUGAGAAGGCAACAGAAUGAGGAAAAUAAAUAUAAACAAAAUGUGUGCGAAGAGAAUCUUGCCAAAGAACUUUCAGAAUUGCAAAGAAAGGAACUUAGAGAGAAGAAGUACAAACAAUAUCUUAGAGAAACAUCUCACGAAUUAAGGGACCUGGAAAAUAAAUUAAAAAAGGGGUAUGUUCAAAAAGAACUUGCAGCUCAAAUAGCACAAAGGGAAAGUAAUCGUAUAUUUGAAAAAUUAAAAGCUAAACAAGAACAAGAGACAAUUACUAAGAUGCGGGUGAACGAUAUGGAGAGAAACAAGAUAAAAAUCCAGGAAAAAAAAGCGAAACAACUUGAGUAUAGACACGAACUACAUAAUCAAAUGAUCUUCCACGAAAAGAUGAAAAGAAGAGAAUAUGAGCAAAAAUUGCAAGAUAAGAAAUCAAUUGAUGACAUAUUGGAAAGACUACAUGAAGAAAAUAGAGCCGCAUUAUGCAAAAAAAUACAAGAACAUCAAACAGCUCAUGAAGAAAUAGACAAAAUCUUGCUGGCCAGAGAGGAGCUCAAGAACAGAAAAAUUAAAGAAAUUGAAGAAGAAAAUUUGAAAAUCCACCAAAAAAAUAGGGAAGUUGAAAGAAUCUCAAAAGAACAACGACCGAUUAAAACAAUCAGUAGCCAGUUCCAAAAAUUCAUUGACAAAUUAUAUGAUGAUAAAGUGGCUGACAUUAAAGGACAAGAGAUUCGCCAAGUGGUUCUGGAAGACGAGCUACAAUUAGCUGAAGAUCGUAAAGUACAGCACAAUAAGGAGCAGAAAGAAGCCAAAGAGGCCGAGCUAAAAAAAUUUUUGUAUUCCCAAAUUAUUGAAAAGCAAAAUAGAAAAAAGCAGGAAGCCGAGCAAGAAGCUAAGUACAGUGAAAUGUUCAACAAAAAGGCUUUGGAGGAAGAAUCAUUGGAGAAGCUCGCCAGACAAGAGUACAAAGAAAAACAGCUUGCCAUACAGAGAGAAAAUAAAGAAAUGAUAGACGCUAAGAGGCAGAGAUACGCGGAAAGGAAGCAAUACCAGAAAUUCGAUCGCUUAAGCAUUUUGAAAGAGAAAGAUGAAGAACAAAAGAUUAUAAACGAGGAUCGAAUGGACCUUCUUAAAAUGCACCGCAAGAGUCUGACUGGUUUUCUUCCAAAGGACGUGUUGAGGCCUGAGGAUUUAAUAUCGUUGGACGCAGCAUAAUAGGAAAAUAAGUGUUGUUUUUACUCUCAGUAUAAUUUGUCUUGUUUCUUUUCUUGAUGGAGCAUUGUUUCUUACUAGUCGACAUUCCAAUUAUUAAACCCUACUAUUGUAAAAAACGCAGUAGUGAAACAAUUAUAAUUUCAUGUAUUUGGUCUAGACGUAACAUAUAUAAAAAUUAGGGAAUGAAUAUAAUGUCUGAAAUAUA